AUGGAUACAAGUUGCGGAGGCGGGCGUCCACUGACUAUCGGACGAUGCCAGUGCUGUAGCAGGAGGACGAGAAAUAGCAGUACCGGUGGGGAGGAAGAAACCCCGUCCUCCCUCAAUCAGAUUGCGCCGCGCCUAGCUCACAGACAACCGGAGAAGAUUUUAUCAGGAUUGAUGCUACUGCGCCAGUACAUCGACGAGCCGUCCGAGAUGCGCAUUCCUGACAAAAUUUUCACGCCGUGUGUCGAGUCACUUGAUGUCAUUUUUCGAGAGGCCCAAUUUGUUCCAGGUCCUUGUCAUUUGAAUUUGCUGCUUGUUCACAAGGAGCCGGCCAGUAACAGAGUAUCACGUGAAAAGCCUUACCUGGUUUAA